GUUCCUUUGAGAUUCUCCACAUCACGAAUCUAUGAACCAAUUCAACCGUAAUCUCGAUCCACCUUCCCUUCUGGGCAUCUGGGCGUUCAGCGUUUAACCAGUAGAAAUGGCGGCAGCCAUGGCUGUACACUCGCCAAAAACAGCUCUUAUGCACAGCCCAUCAUCUCUCAAGGACCUAAACUCCAGUUUCAUUUGUGGGUCGCCAUUAAAGAGCCUGUCUUUACAUAUGCAACCAAGAAGAAGCAGCGGGAGACACGGUGUUAGCUUGGUGAUAACCUCCGCCGUUACUGGAAGCUCGCGAUCGGGGCCCAAGACCGUCAAGAACAGCGGCGGUGAUAAUGGUGGCGGUGGGAGGUUUUACCUCAAUUUCACUGGCUUUCCUUUUCCCCUCGGCCCUUUCCUCAACCGCCGCACCAUUAGAACUGAGGUAGUGAAAGACUGCAUUUGGUUAUUUGAACAAGAACAAGCACUGGGCUUCAGCAGUGUCUCAACAAACAUCAGAAUGACUGUAAUCAAACUUAAAUCGGGCGGGUUAUGGAUUCAUGCACCGAUUGCACCAACCAAAGAGUGUAUUCAGCUUGUGAAAGAGUUGGGAUAUCCCGUGGAAUAUAUUGUGCUGCCUACGUUUGCAUAUGAGCAUAAAAUUUUCGUUGGCCCAUUCUCCAGGAAGUUUCCACGGGCACAGGUAUGGGUGGCACCGAGGCAAUGGAGUUGGCCUUUAAAUCUGCCACUCGAGUUCUUUGGGAUAUUUCGUGCCAAAACCUUACAAGACGAAGAUCUCUCAACUCCAUGGGCAGAUGACAUUGAACAGAAAGUUCUUAGCUCUCCAGAAGUUGGUAUUGGACCUUAUGUGGAGGUGGCAUUUUAUCAUAAGCGUUCGCAGACCUUAUUAGUGACUGAUGCGGUAAUAUUUGUUCCUAGGAGUCCACCCGAGUGUAUAAGCAAGGAGUCUCUGCUUGCGUCUGCGAAGAAUGGUUUGGCUGUCAAACUCCUUAGUAAAGGGAAAGAAGUCCCCGAAGAGCCAGUUGUUGACAACCAGAUGAACCGACAGAAAGGAUGGGAGAGGAUGGUUCUCCAGAUUUUGUUUCUAGGCCCGUCAAAUCUACUGGAGCCUAACGCUAGCUUUGCUCAAAUGUCACAGAAACUUAUCGUUUCGCCCAUUGUGAAGACACUGGUAUUCAGCAAAGUUCCUGAAAAGGUUAGAGAUUGGAUUGAUAGCAUUGUGAGGGACUGGAAGUUCAAGAGGAUAAUCCCGGCUCAUUUCGCUGCCCCGAUAAAUGCAAAUAGGUCUGAUUUUUUAGCGGCAUUUGCAUUUCUAGACGAUCUCCUCGGAGAGCGCUAUGUCACCAGGCCAUCCCUCUCCCUCGUCUUCACAUCACUGUUGGGAAAAGCCGCGAGCUAUUUUCCUCCAGAUGAUAUGAGGACCUUAUCAUCCCUGGAUGACUUCUUGGUCUCAGUUGGAGCAGUGAAGAAAACUGUCUCAGGCCGGAAACGAUGAUAAACCAAAUAACACACACACAGUAGUUUUGAGCUAUGUAGAUAUAUAUAGUGUAGUGAAUGAAAAAUAUACUUGUGUUGGCUAGUGUAAACUUGUUUACUCUUUCAGCCAUGGCAAUGGAACUGUACCACUCAUCUCAUACUGAUAAUAAGGUUCAAAUUUUUACCUUA